AUGUUGCCACAACAACACUCGAAUCAUCAACAACAAUCUCAUCAUGGCUUGGCUCCGAGUAACUAUUACCUUGCUGGAUCCGAUCAAGCCAUGAUUAUGAAUCAACAACAGAAUAAAGAUCAAAUGAUGAAUCAACAAUUUCUUGAGCAACAACAAUACGACAAUGAUGAACAACAGCGGUUAUUGCUUCAACAACAGCAACAGCAGGAUUAUAUGGACCAACAACAAGACUAUGCAACUCAGCAACAAUCAUUUAUGCAUGCUCAACAACCGCAAGUCAAUCGUGAACAAGUUCCGUUUGCCAAUUUACAGAUGGAAUAUGUACAAUAUUCGGUGAAUGGAAACACUUUCAGCUUACCGAAACGAUAUACAAUGGAUGGAGUCAAGGGAUCUGGUGGAUUUGGUUGUGUAGUAUCAGCAGUCGACAACAAAAACAAUGAAAGAGUGGCCAUCAAGAAAGUAUCAAGCUUGUGGGAAAGAGAUAGGAAUUACCAAAAACGAAUAUUGAGAGAAAUCAAGAUUCUAAAACAUUUUAGUAUUCAUCAAGCACAUAAUGUUGUGAUAUUGAAGGACCUGUUUUUUGAUCCCUAUCAACCAGGAAGUAUUUAUAUUGUAACGAAUUUGAUGGACUUUGAUUUAGAAAAGUUACUUUCGAGCAAUCAAACAUUUAGUGAACAAUCAAUCCAAUAUUUCCUCCAUGAAAUUCUCAAAGCCGUAAACAUCAUGCAUAGCAGUAAUAUUAUUCAUAGAGACUUGAAGGGUAGCAAUAUUCUGUUAAACAGAGACUUGGAUUUGCAAAUUUGUGAUUUUGGCUUAAGUAGAGCUAUUGGACAGGAUUAUCCUGAGGAUUCUAAAUAUGUGGUGACUAGGUGGUAUAGAAGUCCAGAAGUGAUUCUUUAUUGGAACAAACUUCAUGCAGCCAUGGAUAUGUGGUCCAUUGGUUGUAUUUUUGCCGAAUUGCUGGUAAAACCACUUCACAAGAAUGGAAGACCCAUCUUAUUUCCAGGAAAAGACUUUAAAGACCAACUCGAAUUGAUUCUUCGAUUGAUAGGAACUCCAAGCAACGAAGAGGUGAGAGGAUGUAGUGAGGGAAUUAAGUUCCUUAGAACUAAUUUCAAGCAGCAUUACGAAAAGAAAAACUUUGCUCAAGUUUUUUCUCAUGUCACAAACCUACUUGCUAUCGAUUUACUCGAAAGAAUGUUGACAUGGGAUCCUGAAAAACGAAUCACCGUUCAAGACGCCUUAAAACAUCCAUACUUGAAAGAAAUGUUUGAUCCUGAUGAAUACAAUUUGGAUCCAUCCUGUAAUGAGAACAGCUACUUUUGUAAGGCAAGAUUUGAUUAUCAAUUUAGUGAGGACAUUAAAACUGAAGACAUUAAGAUUUUAGUAGAGGCAGAAGUUGAGAGUUUCCGUCAGUACAUUCUGCAACACCAAACACACAUGAUGGAUGAUCACAACUAG